AAGACCAAAAGUUGGGGUUUUCUUUUCUCUCUCCCCUUAGCUUUCUGCUCCCAAUUUCCAACUCCGCCCUUCCUCCGCCGCACGCCAUGAUGGAACCGCCGCCUCUGACGACCGCUCAGCCGCUUCCGACGGCGGCAUCGCCUCAGCUCAAUUAUCCGGAGUCGUUGGACUCAUCUCCGAGGUCUCGCAACACGGACACGUGGGAUGAGCCUCUCGCCCCCGGCCCUCUAGCAGGCCGCCUUCGUCUUAUGUGCAGCUACGGCGGGCAUAUAGUCCCUCGCCCUCACGAUAAGACUCUGUGCUAUGUCUGUGGUGAGACUCGGAUCGUUGUUGUCGACCGCCAUACGUCUUUAUCUGACCUCACUGCGCGUUUGUCGAAGACGCUUCUCAAUGGUAGGUCGUUUACCCUGAAAUAUCAGCUUCCGAAUGAGGACUUGGAUUCUCUCAUUUCUGUUACCACCGAUGAGGAUUUGGAGAAUAUGAUUGAUGAGUAUGAUCGGACGGCCAGCAAUUCGUCUAACCCUGCGGCAAAACCCUCGCGACUUCGGUUGUUUCUGUUCCCGACGAAGCCGGAUGUUUCUCAGUCGAUCGGGCCAAUUCUCGAGAGCUCGACUAGUUCGGAGGACUGGUUUCUGAAUGCUUUGAAUGGUGCCGGUUUUCUCAAUAGAGGUUUUUCCGAUUCUGCAUCGGUCAAUUGCUUGUUAGGGCUUGAUGAUGAUGUUGGUGUUAAUAACCUCGAUUCGGGUCCGAGGGAGGCGGAUGGUUCUCAGCCUGGGUCGUUGGGAAAUGGUAAGAGUGGAAAACAGGAUAUUCAUUCUGUCCCUGAUUCACCCAUGAUCGAGACGACAUCGUCAUUUGGGUCUACCUCCUCUUCGCCUUCUCUGGCGAAUUUGCCGCCGAUCCGGGUUCAUGUGGAGGAUAGCGUCAAUAGCGGUGGCGGUGGUGCUGGUGCAGUUCGAAUUCAAGAUCAGAAGGUGGGAAUUGAGGAGCAAUUUUCUCAGAUGAUUAUUGGUCAAAAACUGCAAGAUGAAGCUUUCACGGCACUCUCAUCGCCGCCUCCUUUACCUACAACUAUUGUGGCUUCUGCGGCGGGCUCUGCAAUACCUGUGAGCUUAGCUGCCGCAGUAGGUGUGGGAGAUUAUAUGAAUCGGGUGAUCUCCGAUGACGAAAGAUCGGACCACGGGGCGCCAGUCGGAUACCGGCAACCACUACCACCUCAGCCACAGUCUCUGCCCCCCCAAUUGCAGCAGAAAUCAAGUGGACUUGUUGAUAUUCCUUCUCCGGAUUCGGUGUCAAGUGAUACUAGUUUAAACAAUCAGAUGUCUCGCUCAAAACCUGUGAUGUAUCAAGAACAAGUUGUUCAUCAAAUCCCCUCUUCAACCGCUAGGCUUCCUGGCAAUCCCUCAGAUCCAGAAGUCAAUAUUUCUGAUCAAAACGCUCGGGUUCAUAUUCCACAACAGGUCCAAGAAUCAGGAUAUGUGUUACAAUCUCAUUACGAUCAGCAUCAACAUCAGCAACUUCAGCAACUUCAGCAACAACAGCAGCUUCAGCAACAACAGCAGCUUCAGCAACAACAUCAACAACAUCAACAACAGCAACUUCAGCAACAACAGCAGCAACAGCAGCAACAGCAGCAACAACAGCAGCAACACCCAUCUCAACCACAGCAAUUCAUACAUGCAGGCGCACACUACAUCCACCAGCACCCAUCUGGUGCAGUUCCCAUUCCAGCAUUCUUCCCUGUAUAUUCUCCUCAGCCCCAUCAUCAUCCCCAUCAGAUGGAGCAGCAGUAUCCAGUCUACUACCUGCCUGCUAGACAGGGCCAAGCUUAUGGCAAUUUGCCAGUACAGCAAUCUUCCAUCAGCGAGUCUGCCACUGCUAUUCCUCCUGGCCGGCCCCAAACCCCACCCAAUCCAACUUUGGUUACAACUGCAGCUUACAACCACGCAAGGAAUGCCCCUAUUGCAAAAACUGAAAUGGCUGCCAAGGCAUACAAACAGACAACUACAGCUGCUCAGUCGUUAGUUCAGGUUCCGACAAAUCAGCAUCAGCAACAAUAUGUUGCCUACAACCAGGGUUACUCUCAUAUUCAGCAUCCAUCCCAAUCGGUUGCACCUACAUCCGCUACUGCAAAUUAUGCCUAUGAAUUUUCGGACCCUGCUCAUUCUCAGAUAUACUAUACUCAACCUCUAGCACCUUCUCAGUACCAAGCCAUGCCAGCAGCUGCUGUAAUGCUGCCUGAAAGUUCUGCUCAGCAUCCCACUGACAACAUCAAGCAGCAGAUGAGAACUUCACAACCAUUAUAGUCUGUUCAGAAAGAAGAAACAAUUUUGGAAUAAAGUAUUUGGUUUUGUUUACAAUAUUCUAUAUUAUUGUCUGUCUUGUUAUUGGUAUCUAUUGGUUUGUGCAUGUAUCUGAGAUAAGAGAUAAUAAGUAAUUGUUGUUGUCUUCUUGUUCGUGUGUGUCAUAUUAUUUGUUUAUUGUCAUAGAAAAUUAUAAAGUGGUCUGGAUAUUAUAGUUAUACUGUAAGUUCUGAACUCAAACAUGGUGUGCUUGUGCAGUCAAUGUGUUAUAGAAUUAGCAAGCUUUUUUGCAUC